GGCUGCCCGUGAGGGGAGGUUAUUUGGCUCUGAUGGCCCCUCCCCUGUUUGCUGUCUGGUUUGUGGUGGUGCCUGUGAGCCCUGCCUGGAGCUGACCCCACCGAUCUCCGCCCUGCCAGGCUUUCUGCGUCUUUGUGGUGCUCUCCUUGUCCCGCGACGAGGUGAACUGGCUGGUGCGUCACGCUGAGCAUGUCACCAAGACCAAGACCCCUGAGGACUACGCUGACAGUUUCUAUGUCCGCACCUUCGAGAAGCUGUUUGCUCUGACCAUGGAGGAGCCGGCCAUGCUGCGCUUCACCAUCAUCUUCCCGCUCGUCUGCAGCCACUUUGCCCACGGCACCCACCCCAUGUGUCCAGAGGAGUAUCCCCACCUGAAGAGCUGCAGCCUGGGUCUAUGCAACAGCUUCCUGGAAGAGAUCGCCAAGCAGGCUGCCAACUGCAUCAUGGAGCAUGUGCCGAGCAGCGCAAACUCAGUGAGCAGCUACUGCCCAAACACUGCACCUCCACCAUCAGCAAGGCCCAGAACAAGAAGGCCCAGAAGCAGCCCCGCAACAAGGGGGAGCCGGAGCGGGACAAGCCAGGGGCUGAGAGCCAGAGGAAGGACCGGAUCAUG